AUGGAAAAGACAUACGUAAAUCCCGAUCUCUUCAAUGCAUCAUUAACUGCUUUAAAUCUAUGGCGUUCCAGUCGUCGGUAUUGCGAUUUUAAUUUUAUCCUCGAAGAUGGCGAACAAUUGUAUUGUCAUCAGAAUAUCUUGGGUGUCGUAUCGCCCUACUUCGAUGCCAUGUUUAAUUCUGCAAUGGAGGAGAAAUCGAAUAAAUCGGCAAAAAUGCAAGAUAUAGAUGCAAAUGUUUUCCGGCAAAUUGUUGACUAUUGCUAUACUGGUGAAAUUUCUUUAAAUGAAGAUAACGUUAAAUCAAUAUUAUCGGCAUCGAAUUUCUUUCAAAUCGAUUGGAUUGUCAAUGAAUGUAAACAGUUUUUGGUUAGCAACUUGAAACCAACAAAUUGUUUGGGUAUAUGGAAGUUAGCCGGUAUGUACUUCAGUGAAGAAUUGCACAACUAUUGCCAACAGUAUGUCUUAAGAAAAUUUAGCAUAUUAGUCGAUGUUAAGGACUUUUCGUCAUUGUCGCUCGAAGAGCUCAUAAAGCUCGUAUCAAGCGAUAACCUUAUGGUACCUUCGGAAGAUUUUGUUUACCAAGCAAUAACAAAAUGGAUAAAAGCUGAUUUCACGGCACGUGAAUCUCAUUUAGCUCAGCUCAUUGAUCAUGUGCGUUUACCGUAUGUGGGCAAGAAAUAUUUGCUUAAUCGCAUUCUAACUGAAGACGUAAUAAAGAUGAAGGAAACAAGCUGCGAAAUGUUCCCAAAGGAGUCUUCGAAUUACAAGCUGUCCGGUAAAAAUACCGAUGAAACUCAAAAUCAAUUAUUUAAGAAACGCAAAACUAUGCGCUGUAAUGUGUUACUUGCGGGAGGAGAUGAGAACCGCUGCAUGGUUUAUAAUACUUUAACUCAGGAACAAGUUAAUAUUGCGCCAAUGAAUGAAGUUAGAUGUUAUAAUGGCGUUGUAAGAUUGAAUGAUACCGUUUAUUCAAUGGGUGGACUCGACAAAACCGCAUUGGAAUUGAAGACAGCCGAGUCUUACAAUAUAUCAACAAACAAAUGGACGUAUAUUCCUCCCAUGGAUAAGGGAAGGGCGGGAUUUGGAAUUUGCGCAUUAAAUGGCUUAAUUUACGUAUGCGGCGGUUAUUGUGGCAAUAACAGCGUCGAAUGUUAUAAUCCCGCUACGGCCAAAUGGGGAUAUGUCGCAAAUUUGACGGCCGCUUGCGAAGUGCGUGCAGUUGUUCUGGAAAAUUGCAUUUAUUGUGUGAUCUCUGGUAGUUUUAUAGAACGUUUCGAUCCAAGGGAGGGGAAAUGGUAUGAACUGCCAAUGGUAGAGUUGCCAAAUUCUUGCGGUUUCUUUGAUGUGGUUGCUUGUGGCGGCCACUAUUUAUACCGCAUCGGCGGUUUCUCUGAUGAGCAAGAGACCUCAUUAUUUAGCGUAAAUCGUUUUAAUUUACGCAAUUAUAUUUGGGAAGACGUAGCUCCUAUGAAUUUUUGCAGACGAGAACACUCUGCGGUGGAAAUAGAUGGCGACAUUUAUGUAUUUGGCGGUUCAAAUGAAAGGGGAAGUAUUAGCAGUGUGGAAUGUUAUAAUACCCGGUUUGAUAAAUGGUCCGCAGUUGAUCCAAUACAAAAGGAACUUUGUUGUGGCGGGGCAGUGGAAAUCCCCUCUGUCGCUCUAAAUCAUUAA